CUGAAGUAAAUAUGCAACUAAAUAAAUCGAAGACAAAAGAAAAUAUUUUGGUUGAAAACCGACACAAACAGGUGCUGCACUAUGAACUAUUUACACACUGGCAGGCAGAACAGCAUCCUUUGUGUUUCAGUAAAUCCAAACUCCACAGCAGUCUAAUGGACAUCACGACCCUCCUGUAUGUCCUGUAUAUCUUAUGUCUGGAUUCCAUCAAUGCAGCUCAACUCUCAGUCACAGCUCCUGUGGGCUCCACAGUCGUCCUGCCGUGUGAAUGGAGAGAUCUCUCUGUCCAAACACCUCAUGUUGUGUGGACUAUUGAGCGUGAGGUUGUGUUUGAGCGAAAGGGUAAAGAUUCACUUCAGGCUGAAGGAUAUGAGGGUCGUGUGGACGUUCCUGAGGACGAGCUGCUUAAAGGAAACUGUUCCCUGGUGUUGAAGAACGUCAGAGUUACUGAUGAAGCUGAGUACAGAAGCUCCAUGCUGUUGGAACACCCAAAGAAAUUUGUCUUUGUCCAGGAAGUUCAUCUCUCAGUCUACAACCGAACUGAAGAGAGAAUUAAAGAGAGAACAGAUUCGUCAGACCGAACUGAAGAGAGUCCAGAUUCCUCAGAUAACGGUGUAAAGAACCUUCAUUACUUGUGGAUCCUCAUCAUUUUGCCGGGCCUGGUGUUACUUGGUCUCGGAGUGUGGCUUCUGAAGAAGAAAAAAUCUGCCUAUUUCCAGACUAAAAACACAGAGGAGUCCAAAGAAAUGAACUGACACGGCAACACGACAGCACCAACGAUGCUACCAACAUCUUUAGAGGAAACAUAAUCUACACACUGCUGACAUUUUUAGGGUCCAAGCACUAUGACAUCACACGAUGAUGACCUGACUAUGAUGUCCUCGCCAUUGCUCUGAUAAGUUUUAGAUGUUUUAAUAGUGCUGAUGUCAUAGCGUGUGAAGGCCCUAUUGUACUUAUAAGAAUUAUUUUUUAAAUUAUUUUUAUUUCAAUCAUCCGGCCCCCUAGC